CUGGACGAAUAUAAGCCCUCUGAAUUGUUCAAUCAAGCAGCUGUGCGGUCAGAGGCAAGGUGGCGGCGUGACGGGCGUCACGGUAUCAACCAGCUUGUCUCCGACCCUCAUCUCAUAUUGCAAUGGCCGACUCCGCUGCUGGUGCUGCCGACAAGAGCGUUCAGGUCAAGCUCGUUCUCCUUGGCGAAGCUGCCGUCGGAAAAUCAUCAGUCGUCCUCCGCUUCGUCUCCGACGAGUUCCAGCCGAACAAGGAGCCUACCAUCGGCGCUGCCUUCCUCACUCAGAAAUGCCGACUUGAGGAUCGUGUCCUGCGCUAUGAAAUCUGGGAUACGGCCGGCCAGGAACGCUUCCACUCCCUUGCCCCCAUGUACUACCGCAAUGCCCAGGCCGCCGUCGUUGUCUACGAUAUCACAAAGGCUGCGAGCUUAGAGAAGGCCAAGUCCUGGGUGAAGGAGCUCCAACGGCAGGCGAACCCGAACAUCGUUAUCGCCCUUGCGGGCAACAAAGUCGAUCUCGUCCAGUCUGCCGGCUCCUCAUCUGGCGGCGGCAACUCGUCGGAGUCGGAGGACGAGGCCGACGACGCAACCGCAACGCCUGGCGAGGCUGCGGCACCGGACGGCUCGCCCGAGAGCCUGCGCCAGGUGCCCAGGGAGGAGGCGCAGGCGUACGCAACGGAGGCGGGCUUGCUGUUUUUCGAGACGAGUGCCAAGACGGGCGAGAACGUCAACACGGUCUUCACGGAAAUCGCCAAGAAGAUACCCAUCGAGCACAUACUCGCAUCCACCCGUGGCGGCGCAGGGCGUCCUGGCGCUUCCUCGCGGCCAGGCGGGCGCCCGGAAGGCGAUGUCAACCUCUCAGAGGCCGCAAAGCCCAAGGAGGCCUGCAACUGCUAGACUUGCUCACAUACACGCCCCUGCGACGGAUCCUACCCUUUUCUCGGAUUACAUGCUCACUCUCGAUCCUCUUCUUCCCCUUCCCCCUUCUUC